GUUAUCAAUUUAGUGACCAGUCAGACAUCGGAGAGUUUGGUUGUCGGGAAUCGUGUGAAAAAUUGCACCCGAAAUGAAACAAAAUUUUAUUAUAAUAAAAGUGUGUUUAUUAGCGAGCAUUUAUCUGAAUUUCGGUUCGUUCGUUGGAGGCGAAGACCACAAUGCUGUGUACGGUUACGAAUGUCAGGAGAGCAGAUGUGCAAGAGUCGAACUUACGGAGAGCAAUAUAAAGAACGCUAUCAGUUUAUCGGUGUGUCGUUUGCUCUGCGGAGACGAAAAGGUGGCCACGGUUUGGCCAAAACCAACCGGAGUUGUACGCACUGGAAAUUUCAUUCAACACAUAGAUGUCAACACCAUCACGUUUGAAUUUCCCAAACUCACCAAACAACAACCGCUAUGGGAAGCGAGUAAAGAUAGAUUUGUGCAGCAAUUGAAGGCACAAGAGAUCGGCGUUGUGAAGGCCGGUGGCUCCCAGUUGACGCUGAUUGUUGAGCUGUCUACGGAUAUCGAUGAGCUACCCCGCUUAACGCUGGACACUGAUGAAAGCUACAAACUGUCGAUCUCUUUAGCAAAAGAUAAUGCCAGCAUUGCAAAAAUCCAUAGUAAUACCUAUUUUGGGGCACGCCAUGGUUUGGAAACACUUUCACAGCUAAUUGUGUAUGAUGAUAUCCGACAUGAACAUCAAUUGUUGACCGAGGUAGAAAUUGUGGAUGCACCAGUCUAUAAAUGGCGAGGCAUAUUAUUGGAUACAUCGAGACAUUUCUAUUCUGUGGAUUCCCUAAAACGUACUCUAGAUGCAUUGGCGAUGGUUAAACUAAACACUUUUCAUUGGCACAUCACAGAUUCUCAAAGUUUUCCACUGGAAAUCAAAUCCCAUCCGGAACUUCAUAAACUCGGUGCUUAUUCACCGAAUAAGGUUUAUACACAUGAUCAAAUAUCUGAAAUUGUACAGUACGGACUGGUUCGAGGCAUCCGCGUAAUGCCGGAGUUUGAUGCUCCUGCCCACGUUAGUGAAGGUUGGCAACAUAAAGGUGUGAUUGCGUGUGCAAAUUUUCAACCUUGGAGAAGUUAUUGUGGAGAGCCACCUUGUGGACAAUUCGACCCCACUGCAGAACAGUUAUAUCCCAUACUAGAAGACAUCUAUCGUGAAAUAUUUCAAUUAUUUUCUCCAGAUGUUUUCCAUAUGGGCGGUGAUGAAGUACUGUCCAAAUGUUGGAAUUCGAGUGAAGCUAUCCGUAAUUGGAUGUUGUUAAAAGGUUGGAAUUUGGAAGAGGACGAUUUCCAUCGUCUUUGGGGUUAUUUCCAAGAAAAAGCACUGGAAAGAGUUGAUAGUGUUUCUAACGCUACUAAACCUUUGAUUGUACUAUGGACCAGUAGUCUGACGAAAGAGCCUUAUAUUGAUGAAUACUUGGACAAAUAUAGAUACAUUAUACAAAUCUGGACACGCGGCAGUAGUACCGACAUUUUACCUAUCUUAAAGCGUGGUUACCGUGUUAUUAUUUCCAACAAUGAUGCUCUAUAUUUCGACUGUGGCGGCCCUAGUUGGGUUGGUAGCGGAAACAAUUGGUGUUCACCGUACAUUGGUUGGCAGAAAGUUUACGACAAUAAUUUGGACGAAAUUGCCGGGGAUUACAAAAGUCAGGUUUUGGGAGCAGAAGCAGCAAUUUGGUCGGAGCAAAUCGAUGAAUUCACGCUAGACUAUCGGUUAUGGCCACGCUCAAGUGCUUUAGCAGAGCGGUUGUGGUCGAACCCUGGUGCAGGUUGGCGCAAUGCCGAAUCCCGUAUAUUACUACAGCGCGAACGGUUAGUUGCGAAUGGAGUCCAUGCAGAGGCGCUGCAACCAGAGUGGUGUUUACAGAAUGAAAAUGAAUGCCCCGUAAAUAAGAGUUGAAUGAACAUAAAUAUAUAUGAGCUUUAAAAUGCUACUUAAAACUUCAAAUGCAAUGUCUCGGAUUCAAUAUAAUUUUACGGUAGAAUAUAUAAACUAAAAUGCUAUAACUAACGCAUUAUAUAUUGUCAUUCUACGGUAAAUUACAUAUAAUGUAACCAAUAGGUGAUCAUACUCAAAUAAAUAUGUAUGUGAAACUGUUUGAAAUUAUCUCAUUAUCCCGAAGUUGAAUUUUUAUAAAGCUCUGUUUGAAGCAGUUGUGAAUUUAUGAAAAAUACCAAUAAAUUAUAAUUUGCCAACAUUAAA